CCCAAAACGAAUUUUGUGGGAAAAAUCUGCCCACCUCCUGGCCCACGCCGCUGCGCUGACCAUUUGAACCGGUGCAUGCUUUCUCUGUCGUACCCUUUGCGCAAGCCCUGUUCAGGGGAUGUGGGAGGCCCCAACGCUGCCUUCAAAGUCGGGCCCCGCGCCUCGCACGGCCACGCCUUGCAACGCCAACGCAGCGCGGUUUCAACCGCGCUGAACGCUGAACGGCCCAGGAGUGCAGCCAGCUCGCAGCCUGCCACGGGAGUGGCCUCUCAAGUGAGCGGAAGUCGCCUCAGUGGACGCAGUUCUUCACUUUCAAGGCUCACAUACCAAUCUUCUCGACCUUCGCAGGCAGUGCGUUCCACCGUGCUGGACCUGGAAUUGAUGUUGGAGCGCGAACGGCGCGAAGCCGUUGAAAGGGAACUGGCCGAGCUGAAGGAAAAGUUGGCGCUGCUGACGGGUGCCAAAAGGGCCACGCCAGCGCGGUCUCCGAGCGGAGAAAA